UUUGCAGCUAUGCAAGAACUCACACUCUACACGAUCAUAUGUGACAUUCAAUUGAUGGAUUAUAUCAUGUUUUUUAGUCUCUCUCCGUUCGAAGAGAUUUAGAGGAUUUGCUGUCUAUAGCCUAGUCGGCAUGGAAGAGAUUACAGGACACACAAGUGGUUUAUAACAGGACUGUGAUUACUUCUCCGCCAGAUAUAACGGAUUUACAUUUGAAGUACAUUUAUUUUACAAUUACAUAAACUUAUCUGGAACGAAUUAAACUCCCAUGAAUAAAAUGGGAGAUGACAAUGAGCUGCUUGGUGCUUCUGAGUUAAUCAAAGAUCGUCUGUAUUUUGCUACUCUUAGAAGCAAACCCAAGAGCACAGCAAACACACAUUUCUUCAGUACGGAUGAUGAAUUUAUUUAUGAAAAUUUUUAUGCAGAUUUUGGACCACUUAAUCUAGCAAUGCUGUACAGAUACUGCUGUAAACUGAACAAAAAACUAAAGUCUUUUACUCUGUCCAGAAAGCGUAUCAUCCACUACACCAGUUAUGACCAACGAAAGAGGGCCAAUGCAGCCGUCCUCAUCGGUGCUUAUGCAGUUAUCUAUUUAAAGAAAACCCCAGAGGAGGUUUACCGGGCCAUGAUCUCUGGAACUAAUGUGUCAUACCUGCCUUUCAGAGAUGCUGCGUUUGGGAACUGCACAUAUAAUCUAACCAUUUUAGACUGUUUACAAGGAGUCCGCAAGGCCCUGCAGCAUGGGUUCUUUAACUUUGAGAAUUUUGAUGUUGAAGAAUAUGAACAUUAUGAGCGUGUGGAAAAUGGUGACUUUAACUGGAUUGUGCCAGGAAAACUGUUGGCCUUCAGUGGACCUCAUCCCAAAAGCAAAAUAGAGAACGGUUAUCCUCUCCACGCCCCUGAAGCAUAUUUCCCCUACUUCCGCCAGCACAAUGUCACAGACGUGGUGCGACUGAACAAGAAAAUCUAUGAAGGUCAGCGCUUCACAGAUGCCGGGUUUGAACAUCACGACUUGUUCUUCAUAGACGGCACCACACCUAGUGAUUUGAUCACAAGACGCUUUCUGCACAUCUGUGAGAGUGCAAAGGGUGCCGUAGCUGUCCACUGCAAGGCUGGCCUUGGUAGGACAGGUACACUGAUAGGCUGCUACUUGAUGAAGCACUAUCGUUUCACAUCGCCUGAGGCCAUUGCUUGGACACGAAUCUGCAGGCCUGGCUCCAUCAUUGGACCACAACAGCACUUUCUUGACCAGAAGCAGCACAGUAUGUGGGUGCAGGGUGACCUCCAUCGUUCAAAGCUGAAACAACAGCAGCUGACGGAAAGCCGACAGCAGGAGAGAGACAUUUCCCAUCUCAUCUCCAACAUGGACGACAUAUCCAUCGACAGCUCAAUCCUACACAAUCCCACACAGAGUGUGGAUGAGACUGACUACAAAAAAGAGGACAUGAUUCCAACUCAAGGCGACAAACUACUAGCCUUAAAGGGCCAACGCCACCCCAGAUCUACCACCACAACACUCAGUGGGAUAAGCCCAGUUCCAGGCACCAUUUCCCCUCUACGAGCUUCCAAAGCUCCUUUCUUCAUCUCCUCCUCUCCUGCUCCACGGAGACUAACACGCAGCCCUUCCGCUUCUGCCGACAACCUUAAAAGCUUCAAUCCCCAUUUAGCCCACUCCCUCGGCAACCUCUACGAUGACAACAACUUCCAUGACGAUGAAAGCAGCACACAACCUUCCUCCUUUACUCCCUCCUCACCUCCUGCCAUAACCCAAUGCCCCCCUGCACCUCCAUCUGGCUUUGGCUUUGGCUACCCCACCACUGACCCUCGACUGCCUCCUUCCCACUUAAACUACAACCAAGAGGCCAACACCAACCUCAACAGCCCUACUGGAGCUAACACCAUAAAUACUAUACGUACAGUCAGGCCUAUGAACAGAACGGGCUACAGUCCGUUCUCCAGGGGCAGGCCAAGCCCUCGUAGAGGUCCAGUGUGUGCUGGACUCAGUGGGUUUCCAAGACGCUACCUCAGUAGAUCCAUUCCAGUGAGUGAUCGUUUGGCCACAUGCAUUAACAGACUGUGGCAGCCUCUUUGGUUACUCUGUGGCUUUGGUGUUCACUCAUGAGUUCCUCUUAAGGCCAAAGUAUACUUCUGUUGUCUGCGUGGCUGAUCGCAAAUCAUCAGCACAGUCCGCACAGACUGUCCUUGCGCGGCCCACAUUUUGUCGACACACGGACAUUCCUUGUCUGUGCGCACCACCUGCUGUUGACUGUACUAAAAGUGUAUCACAAAGUUGUUGUAGUGGGCAUGCGUCGAACGCGUUCAUAUAUGCUCGCAUUCUAAGGAGUAUACUCGGGGACGGAUUACCGACCGGACCAAUGGGGCCAGUGCCCCGGUGCCCUUGACUACCAGGGGGCCCCUGACUGCCCGGGGUGCCCUGGGCUUUAAGGCUGCAUGAUCUAGUUUGGCGAUUUUUUGGGCAUGAACAACGAACCCCCCCUCUACAACUUUUGGCUAUGAACAACGAACCCAUCUCUCAACAACCCCGCUCAACAACUGGGGGGGGGCUUGGAGAUAAUUGGCCCCAGGGCCUUUGCAAGUCAUAAUCCGUCCCUGAGUAUACUCUGAAAGGCAACGCGGUCGACUCAUGCUCGAUCCGAUCUGAAACGCCAAAAAGAGAGUAUACCCUGGCCUUUAGAGCUCAUUUUUUCCUGCUACUAAUUUUCCUUCAAUUUGUGUUUUAUCAUAAUUUUCCCUCUGCCUUGACUUUAUGCUGUUUCUGUCUGUUACGGGUUUGUUAUUAUUUUGAUCUUGAUGUGACAUUUUUGUAAUGAGUAUGAUUUUAGCAUUUAAGGAAUAAAGAAUAGUUCAUCUAUAAAUGAACGGAAGUAAGUCCAUAUGACUUAUGUGCUAUAUUCCAAGUCUUCUGAAGCAAUACAAUAGGUUUGUGUGACAAAAAGACUGACAUUUAAAGUCUUUAUCCAAGGCGUCAUGUUUUAAUAUAUAAGAACACAAAUGAGAUUUGAAAGCUACAGUGGAGGGAACGAGUAAGUACAUUUUGUCAGCAUUUUUCUAUUUGGGGUGCACUAUACCUUUAACUUUACUUUUAAAUUUUACUCUUACCUUAUAUGUAUCUUUAUAGAAAAGUAUUAUAAGCCAUCAAAGCCAAAACCAAGUGUGCUAUUAUGAUAGUCUUAACUGCAGUUAGGUCACCUUAAAUUUCAAGAUUCAUAUUAUCUCAAUUAUUCUGUUUAGAAGAUCAUUUUACCCUUUGUAACUUUGAAAUGUAAUUUAAUAUAAAUUUUGUAUCUAUUUUUU